AGCAUUAUCAAAAGUUAUAGUAACUGCAGGUGGGACGUUGAUGGUGAUGUUUAGCGCUCCCGUGAAAUGAUAUAGAGAGACAUAUCAUAUCCUUCUACAGGUUUCAAACACAAUCCAUAGCCCAUCACCUUUCUUAUCUUUAUCCAUUUCAAUCUCCCAGCAUCUUCCAAAUCUCAAUCGAUCUUCAAUCUUUCACUUGGAGGUAAAUAAAGGCUCACGCAACAAGAAGUUCGUUGAUAGAACUUUCAUGGCCAUAUAAUCAGGAUAUCCUUCGGUGGUUCAAGAUAUUCAGUAUUUCGUUUAUAGUUUUUGUUUGAUAGGUCAAUAUAUACCAGUCCUGAAUUAUUUAUAUCAAGUCUUGUUACCUUCUUAUGUUCAUAUGGCAUUGACUCAAGUCUCAGGUUGCGGGACCUAAAAGCAUGGAGAGAGGGCAGAUAUUCAACAAGGUCAUGAAGGUAGAGAUUCCAUCAGAGACUGAAAGAAUGUCGAGUGGUGGCACAAAGUUUACUUCUGGGCUUCAAAGACAGUCAAGCGCUACAAAGAGCAAUUGCCUAUGCUCUCCAACCUCCCAUGCUGGUUCUUUCCGGUGCAGGUUACACCGUGCCCCGAGCCUUCAAAGAACCAAAAGCAUUGACUCUGCUUCUCUUCGAGACUCUGAAACUAAGAUCAAUACGACAGCUGAUGGUGCUAGCAAUUUAAACACAAUUGAGGCCCAGUAAUUCACAUGAACGUAUUUAUGUACACCUGUAAGUGUGCAACUGCAGUUGUUUGCUAGCAUAGUGGUCUUGAAGCUGUACAUUUUCCAUUUCCAUUUUCGUUUUCGUUUCUUACUGUAUAAAUAAAAUGUUACCUAUUUCUACA